AUGCUGAUCCAAGAAUCUCAUGUGGAUGUCCCCACCACGGCCGACGGCCAGGGGACAAUGCGCAUUUACGUGUUCCACCCCACGAUUCCGGGCUAUCCUAAUGCUCGGUUCCCGGGAGUAGUUAUCUUCAGCGAAAUCUACCAAGUUACUGGUCCCGUGGCCCGUUUCGCGCGCCAGAUCGCCGGUCAGGGCUACAUCUGCGCUGCUCCAUCCAGCUAUCAUGAAUUUACGGGCCCGGAGCCGCUCAAGUACGACGCCGAGGACACCGAUAAUGGGAACAAGUGGAAGAUUACCAAGAAACUGGCUGCCUAUGACGAAGAUGCUCGCCUUUCGGUUGAUCACUUGCUGUCACUGCCUACCUGCAAUGGCCGUAUCGGUGCGACUGGAAUGUGUCUCGGAGGCCAUCUGGCUUAUCGCUGCGCCUUGGACAGUCGAGUCAAGGCGGCUGUGUGCUAUUUUGCCACUGACAUCCACAGCAAGACGCUCGCUCAAGGCAAGAACGACGACAGUCUGGAACGAGCGGGGGACAUCCAGGGAGAACUGUUGAUGAUCUUCGGCAAGAAUGACAACCACGUUCCCCCCGAGGGCCGUGACUUGAUCCGGAAGACACUGCACGAGAAAGGCGUGAUCUUCGGUUUUUAUGAAGUUGCUUGGGCACAGCAUGCUUUCAUUCGCGAUGAGCUCAGCAAGGGCCGGUACGACCCGGCCAUUACCAAGGUUUGUUUCGAGAUGCUGUUGGAAUUAUUCGGCCGUACGUUGAAGCUUGAUCUUGGCGAGCAUGAUGGAAAGAAGCAGGUGAUUGAGGAUGUGUGCUAA